GCCAAUGAAAUGAAAUAAUAAUAUAAAUUGAAAUGAAGUAAUCGUAAACAAUAUAUUAAUUACAUACAAUACAAAAUAGUUCUGUAUUAUAUUUCAAUUAAUUGUAUAUUCAUUUUCACUACACAAUUAUAUAAUGCAUACAGACGUAUUAAAUUGAUUGCCAAACCUGAUUUUGCCGGGAAAUUCAUAGGUGUAAUACUGAGUAUACAUUGUGAUUUAUGUUUGCAAUCUCGAUUUUUCAUUAACGCAAUACCGGCGUGUGCGGUUAUUUAACUUUACUAGGCAAUUAGUAUAAUAUCGUCAUCUGAAACAUGCAGUCCUGGCUGCAGAACAGAUGGACAAGCCUUUGUCUCCUUGUUAUAGCUAUAGGGGCAUUAAUGUUGUUCCUUUAUGGAUUUUUUCCAUUAAAAUAUCAUUCAGGAACACUGGCCCAUAUGGAUGACUUGCCUAACUUUAUUGAUGGUGUCAGUAUUGAUGGUCAUGAAGUGUACAAUUCUGGUGAGAACACAGUAAUCCUCAUGGUGAUUGAUGGCUUGCGAUAUGACUUUGCAACAGAAGAAUACAUGCCUUACACUGGACAGUUAUUAAAAAAUAAAUCAGCCUGUAUCUAUGUGUCAGUAGCAGAACCACCUACAGUCACUAUGCCUAGAAUUAAGUCACCAGAGAGAAAAAAGGAAAAGGCACAAUGGAGACGUACCAUAAACUUCUGGAGGGACAUAUUUGCUAUGAUGACCGGCAGUGUGUCAACGUUUGCGGAUGUAGCUCUGAAUUUCGGCGCGCCAGCUGUUCGUGGUGACAGCGUACUGCGCGUCGCUGCCUCUAGGGGGCGCCGCUCCAUUAUGUACGGAGACGACACCUGGCUGAGACUGUUUCCUGGACUUUGGGCCGAAUAUGAUGGGACUACGUCGUUUUAUGUCACAGACUAUACUGAAGUGGAUAACAACGUGACGAGACAUUUAGACAAAGUUCUAACUCCAGAUGAAAAUAAGAAACCAACUUUCGACUUCCUAGUACUACACUAUUUAGGGUUAGACCAUAUCGGUCAUUUGGAAGGUGCACGCAGUCCCAUGAUUAAACCUAAACUCCUCGAAAUGGAUGGUGUGGUGAAGAAAAUAUUUACUGCAAUGCAAACAUGGGAUCGUGCAGGAACACUGAUAGUGUGCGGUGACCACGGUAUGCGCGACGCGGGCGGACACGGCGGCGCAUCUCCCGCCGAGCUGCUCGUACCGCUCGUGCUCGCUCGCACACCAGACUUCGUCUGCCCACACUCAAAAGGUCCGGGCCCGACAGUGGCGCAGGUGGACGUGGCGCCAUCUGUGGCGUGGCUGCUGAACGCGCCCAUACCAGGCGAGAGCGUGGGCCGCAUGUUACCCGCGCUACUGCCUUCGGAUUCUCGCCAACACCUUUACCUGCUGCACGUACUAGCGGCACACAACGCCCGCCAGGGUGUGCCCACAAACGCAGAAUUCUACAAGCAAUUCCAACGUGCCCAAACACAAUUCGCUCAUUACCUAGCGACAGGACAGAAGAGCGCCGCCAAAAUAGCAAAGGAUUUUUAUGAGGAAUCUCUAGAAGCAAUGUCCAGAUAUCUCUCGGAGCAAACGGUCGACUUGGAUAUGUUUGCAAUUGGCAUUGCUGUCUUCCUUCUGUACUUUAUCGCAGUCACCUUGCUUUGCGUGACAUUAUAUUCCCUCCAACCAGAGCACAGCCGUAAAACAAGUACAGGUCACCAUCACAGGUCUACUGCUGGGUCCUUCCUCGCCUUCAUUAUAGUACUAUUCAUCUGUUCCACCACCCUCGUAAUAUCUUGCUUCAUCACAGAAACCAAAAGUCAAUUUUGUUCUUUCAACUCCGCCUGGAUUUUAGUCUUUGGACUAACCGCGUGUGUAAUAACUAUGGUUUAUUUCAUAACUAAAACUGCAAUAGAGAACACAAGAGACCUAACGAUCCUGAAGGAUUUGAAUCUUAUAGAUUAUUUGUUAAUAUUUGGUACAGUCUUCCAUUCGUGGUCAUUCUUCGGUACCAGUUUCAUAGAAGAGGAACACAUGACAUGGUAUUUCUUCUGGAAUACCCUCAUGUUAUUCAUAUUGCUAAGGACUGUGGUGGUUGUAUUAAUGUAUUUGGGUAAAAUGUUUGUUGGAGCGACCGAGGUGCAGGAGAAACCGGAAUUACACAAGAGAAUGGACAUUAAUAUUGGUCUAUUGCCAAAAUGGGUCUUGCUCAUCGCUUUACAUAGGUAUCUCAAAACAAUGAAUCAAACUGGAGACCGGUGGUUAUUCUUACCCGACACAGCAGAUUGGUUGAACGCUCCGGAAAAUGCUGUGUUUUUACAAGCCCAUUUGGUCGUAGGAACACUUCUGACGUUAAUAAUAUGCCUAUGGAAUGUACGUUGCAUGAACAACGUUAUGCAUAUGCAUACCGCAUUCACAGUACUAGCCACGGGCUGCAUACUAUGUUAUCGUAUAAGUACCAAAGCGUUAGACUCACCCUUCGAUUACAUACAAUCUUGGGACCCUGUGAAUAUAGUCAACUUGUUCUGGGGACUCCUUAUAGCGCAAUUCGUCUUCGAGAUACUCACAUACGUUGGAAUAUUCAGGAGCUGCGGGGUGAAUUCAUUAAAAACACAGAGUAACAAAAAGUUUGUAUACAACAAACCGAAAGCGAAAACAGAAGAUUACUUCUAUGAUCCUCUCGCGGAAGAGCCGUGGAACCUCGAAGAAGUUAAACUAAGUUUGGCGUGUUCGAUUUCGCACCUUAUGCUGAAUUAUUUAAUGCUCAUUGUCAUUCUACUGAUGCGACCUCACAACGUUAUAAUGGUGCCCAGUGUCUACAUAACGUGCAUGCUGACGUCGAAGUGCGUGAAUCACAAACUACUGGAUACGAGGCCGGGGAGGGAUACUGAAAUAGUCGAUACCUUGAGUCAGGUUCUAGUACACCUAUGGAUCGGUCAGGUGUUUUUCUUUUAUCAGGGUAACAGCAACAGCCUGGCGUCGGUGGACCUGGGCGCGGGCUACGUGGGGCUGCGCGAGUACAGCGCGUGGCGCGUGGCGCUGCGCAUGGGGCUGCACGCAUACGGCGGGCCGGCUGUCGCGGGCGCCGCGCUCUUCGCGCGCCUCGCCGCCGCGCCCUCCUGGCACCGGUACUUACAAGCUUUAUGGCAAACCACUAAUGUACUCGCCCUCCAUCGUGUGUACGCUGUAUCUUUGUACUGUAUAGUGACGAUUUUCUUCAGACAUCAUCUCUAUGUAUGGACAGUAUUCUCUCCUAAACUACUGUAUGACUUUGUGGCGACUGUAUUCACCACGCAAGCGUUAACUUCUAUAGCACAAAUUGUUGGUCUAACGCACUUCACGAGUUGGCUCGCCAAAACGCUUACUUAUAAGUCAAAACUGUGAUAUUAGUACUUUAUUUUGUAUAGUUUUUAUCAGUAUUAAGCUAUAUUAAUGUUUUAUAAAGAAAUAAAUACUAUAGUAACAUAAUAAUUCAAUGCAUCCAUCUGUUUUGAGUGAUUAUAAUCAGACUUGAGGCAUUUUUGAAAAAAAUUGUUAUCUAAAAGACACCGAGAAUUGAAUCUGGAGCUUUCAAAAUACACCUACACUCGUCUAUAUGAACCUUAUUCAUAAAAACUCCAACCGUCUCGUAAGUCUUAUUUAGUUAUCGAUUGAAGUGUUUUGUCUUUUUCUUUUACGCUCGAUUCCCAAUUUGCAAGACUGUAACAAAACACUCUAAUAAAUUAAAAUAGGUUUGUAGGAAGUUGCCACUUUUAUGAAUAAGAAGGUAAUAUUAUAAAGAGGAAAGAUUUGAAUAUUUGUAUGUUUAUUUGUAAUAGAUAAAUUUAAAAAAUAUUGAAUGAAUUUUAAAACAUUGUUUCGCCUAUAAUAAAAAGAUGCAUCGUGUCUAUGUUGUAUACCCGUGUGGAGCUGGAGCGGAUCGCUAGUCUUUAAUACAUUUAUAAUAACAUGUCUACGUUGAUUGUUAUUCUUCAUUCUUUAAAAAUAAUGUGUACUACCUACUGAUUUUUAUUAGUUUAAGAAAAUUCACCGUGUGUCAGUGCCAUCACUUGAACACCUGCACGUGUGCACGAUUGUGAUAUUAUAGUUACCCGACUGCCAAAAAGAGGGUAAUAUUUUCGGGUUUGUGUGGAGUAGUUUAUUCAAUUGUAACGCUUAUACCUAAGAACAUCUGUUUAGUUAUUGAUCUCUCUUUAGAGAAACCGAUUAUUAUUAUUUAUUUAUUGGCAUAAGAAUUGCCACAUUUUGAAUAAUUUAUUGUAUAUUAAUAUGAUAUUAAUUUUAUUUUUUAAUUUGUAAUUGAAAUUAAAAAAAAAAACUAUAAAAAAAUAAAUAAUAAAACAAUAAAUAUCUGCAACAAUUUCUUUAUUAGCAACUUUAUUUGGGACCACCAUGUUUUUAAUUUUCAUAUCUUUAUCCAUUUAUCUCCUUUACAUUAUUAAGAUUCUACACCAAACCAAAAGUCUUAUUUUUAAUAAAAUCUAACAUUAGUUGUGGAAUUUUCUAUACAUUUAUCACUACAAAAAUAGAUACAGGGCAAACUUCACAUUGUUAUGUGAGAAGUACAAUCAAUGAAUAUUAUAUUGAAAAAUUUAAGCACUGUCUGUGGGCAAAAAACUACUUUCAUGGCUUAAUUACAAAUUUGCUUUGCUAUUCAGAUUCGAAUCUAGGUUUAAAUUUUUCAAUCUAAUAUUUAACAUGUCCGAAUAGAUAUAGGUCUUGCUACUUCAUAAAACUAAUUAUCCAUUUGUUGGGGCGCAGUCACGUGAAGUUAAUAUGUAAGCAUUUUAGUACUUUGUUACUAAUUACUUUAGUAACAUUUUUAUUAGAAAUGCGCUAAACAUACACGUUUACUAAAGAUGUAGAUCGUUCAUACUAAGUUUUUACAUGUGAUAUAUUGUUCCGACAAUCAUCUCCACCAAAAUACAUAGCAAAAACACAUAUAUUGAUAUUGUAUUUUUCCUUUGACGAUUUUUCCUUCACAUAUUUCGGAGGAAACGAGGGGUUCCACUAAUUUCAACUUUGCAACCUUAUUCUAAUGUAAUUACAUGAACUUGUCUAUGCGUAGUAGUAAGCAACAGCUCUGUAUAAACGUGAUUGUCUAAAUAAACCGAUUUAUAUAAAAAUA